GAGUCUAUUGUUCCGAGUGCGCAAGUCCGUUCUCGCCUUUUUUAGAGUUUGGGAAAGACACUCGGUUGUUGUUGCUGCUGCAGAAACCGGUUGGAGGACACGAAGGUUCGUCCUCAGUGCGGAGGAGACUUCUGUCUCCGUGUUUGUCUCCAUGUCUAAACUACACGCGCUGAGACUGUUGCUGCGACAGCGAGGCGACGCCGAGGAGACAUCAGCUCUGAUUGACGGAUUAAUAUCAGAUCAUGAGGAGGAAAUUCAUCGUUUGAGAGAAAACGAGCGACGAUACAAGCUGCUGGAUGCUGUUUUCAGCCCCACGGUCCGAUUACAGCGAUCAGAUGUCCAGCAGCUGCAGACUAAAGCAGAACCCCUCGACCUGAAGGAGGAAAAGGAGGAAGUCUGGAUCUGUGUAGAGGGAGAACAGCUUAACAGCCUGGAGAAGGCCAGUGUCAACAAGUUUCAAUUAAUUGAUGUUACCAGUGAUGUGAAGAGUGAGGAUGAUGAACCUCAAACCUCACAGCUUCAUCAAAGCCAAACAGAGGACAACAGAGAGACGGAGCUUCCAGCCAGAAGAUCAGCUACGCAGAUAAAAACAGAGAAGUAUGGAGAGGACUGUUACGGAUCAGGACCAAGAAACGUAAAUCCACAUAGUCCUUCACAUCCAAAUACCGAUGAAGAAAAGGCUUUAGAAUUCUCAGAGUCUCAAGUGAGUAAUGAUAAUUGUCAAGACCUAUUGUCAAAUUCUGGACCUGAAAGUCUAGGCAGAGACAAUGUUUACAAGAAGACAAGGGCACCGGAGUCUGCUGCACCUGCCCUGAAGCAUCAGGAACCUCAUGCGUGUCAUCUGGGUUGUGACAUUGGGAACAUACCCUUUAGCUACUUUAGGUGUAGUUAUCGAUUUUACUACAAGGGGUUUCUUAGGAGACACAUGAUGUGUCAUUUUGGAAAAAUGUCCUCAAUUUGUUUUGGUAGUAAGAAAUGCUCGAGAGGAAAGCAGAAAGAGUCACGGCAAAGAGGCCUUACAAGAGAGAAACCACAUGGUUGUGAUAUUUGUGGUAAAAGAUUUGCAGAAAAAAAAAAUCUGAAGAAACAUCAGAUGGUCCACACAGGAGAGAAACCAUUCAGUUGUGAUGUUUGCGGGACUAGAUUUAGAGAACAAGGAAAUUUAAAGAGGCACCAGAGAAUCCACACAGGGGACAGACCAUUUAGUUGUGAUCUUUGUGGGAGUCGAUUUAUACAAAGGGCAGGUUUGGUGGAACACCAGAGAAUCCACACAGGAGAGAAACCAUUCUGCUGUGAUGUUUGCGGUACUAGAUUUAGACGAAAGGGACAUUUGAGUAGACACCAGAGAAUCCACACAGGAGAAAAACCAUUCAGUUGUGAUUUUUGUGGGACUAGAUUUAUACACAGGGGAGAUUUGACUAACCACCAGAGAAUUCACACUGGAGAGAAACCAUUCAGUUGUGAUGUUUGUGGGACUAGAUUUAGACAAAAGGCAGGUUUGAAGAGUCACCAGAGAAUCCACACAGGAGAGAAACCAUUCAGUUGUGAUGUCUGUGGGUUAAGAUUUACACAACAUGGAAAUUUGACGAAACACAUGAAGUUACACUCUGUAGAGAAUCAAAUCAGUUGUGAUGUUUGUGGGAUUAGAUUUUCAGACAAGAGACAUUUGAAGACUCACCAGACUAUCCACACAGGAGAGAAACCAUUCUGUUGCGAUGUUUGUGGGACUAGCUUUAGACUAAAGAGCGAUUUGAAAACCCACCAGAGAAUCCAUACAGGAGAGAAACCAUUCAGUUGUGAUUUAUGUGGGUCAAGAUUUUCAAACAGGGGAAACUUGAAGAGUCACCAGAGAAUCCACACAGGAGAGAAACCAUUCAGUUGUGAUGUUUGUGGGUCAAGAUUUACACAACAGGGAAAUUUGAAGAAACAUCAGAGAGUCCACACAGGAUAGAAUUGGUUCCUUUCAGUCAAACAAGAUACAUGAUUUCAGUGUUUUAGUUAAAACCAUAGCCAUUUUAAUCAUUCUUGUUUUCUUUCUCCUGUGUUCAUUUAAAGGGAACAUAUAAUGAGAAUUCCAUUAUUAUAGUUCUUCUACACCUUAAUGUGGAUGUUUGGCAUGUUUACCAAACAAUGGAGAAAAACAACUUGCGUGUUUUUUGUGAUUCCUGUAAUGAAUUAAUCUCAUUAAAACAGCUUGGAGGAAGACGACAGUUUAUCAGACGUUUAUUCAGAUUGGAAUCUUCCAGGUGUGUCGUGUGAGCUCCAUACGACCAUCGAGCAUGAGGCUUCACUGCUUUACAGCCUCCUGUACUGGCGUUGAGUUGGCUGCUUUCUUAAAGUCUCCUUCUCUGAAUAGGUUUGAUAUCAGGUGCUAGUCAUACCAGCAAGGAGAACGCACUGUAGUGGAUGGAGGAAGGAAGCCAAAAAAAAACUGUUAAUCAUAGAACUUUUCUAUUUAACAUUUACCUUUUGUGUGUAAUGUGGCGUCCACACGUAUCCAGACAAAGAGACCCGGUCACUUUAACAAAGUGCACAAUGCUAAGGGGAGAUUCUUAAAGUGCAAUUAAAAAAAUGAAUUUUAUUUAAAAUAAACUGAUUUUAUCUAA